UGUAAGUUGUUCCUUUAAUUUUUUGAGUUUAAUGUGCAUGCGAAAUGAUGUGCGCGACGAGGUAGGAAAUCGGGAUUUUCGGCGGCAGUUGUCUUCUUGGUCUGAAAUGCAACGAAAUUUGUUCCAGCAAGCCGUGCGUAUGCAUGGCCAAGAUCUGUCAAUACUCACAGAAAAGCUUCAACAAGGAAAUUUUGUUUUCAUCGAGAAAGAGAAUGAAGAACAUUUACAACAACAGCUUGCGGAUCAUGAAGCUAAAGAGUGCGAUCACCGGGAAUCGAGUGCCAAUGACCCCGACACGACUGCGGUGGCACCUUACCAAGACGGCGUACAUUUAACGGGGACCAUGAGAGAUCUUGUACGUGUGCAAUCGCGUACAACAGCUACAGCCGAGUCCAGUACCGAGGAAUCAUCCAAAUCAGACACUUCACCUGAGAUUUUACCCCUGGGUGUGCCAAGGGAACUACACGAACCAUUUCAAGACCUGCCACCAAAGUUGUUGAAAAAUAAUGGAUUUGUAUCCAAGCUCCAUAACUUCAUAUCCAAGAAAGCCGACCUUCUCUUCAAGGCCACUCCAGCAGAUAAAGAACCUGCGACAUUGCCAAGCGUCCAAGAUACCGUCGACCUGGAUUACUAUGCUACUCUUCCCCCGCUUGAACAGUUCAUGGUCGUUCCUCCAGAACAGUCCAGGAAAAGGCUCUUUGACAUCCUUGCCAUCAACGAUAUCAUUGCUGGAUCGAUCGUAGCCAUCAAGGAUUUCGGCAUGUUUGUCCAAGUGGUGUGCUUAUUUGGGAAAGAAGCCAGGUAUCUUCAAGAGUGCGACAUUGUUGGGCUGCUUCCGAAGGGAGACCUCGGGGAAAGGUACUCCCUGAAAGCCCAGCUGGAGGACUUCAGAGCGGGGAACAUGGUCCGGUGUCGAGUGGUCAAGACGGAUGCAGCCAACGAGAAGGUCAUUUUGACAAUGAUCAAUCAGGGAGAACAGAAUGAGGAAAACCUACUCGGUAUCAUCAACGAAAGUGAGCUUCCAGUGCAUUACCGUCGCUCCCAAACUCAGCGAGAGACGCAGGAGUCCUACGAUGAGAUGCUUGACAAUACUCUGGGCUUCGACAACUCCUACAAUGUUUCUUGCCUAACCAACAUUCUCAGCAUUGAUGAUGCAAACCCCUCUUCUCUCAUUCCAGGUCUACAAAGUUCGAAUUUUUCAACUGAGGAGCAUGCAGAAGCUCUGAGGAAAUGGCAGUCCCAUAAGUGGGCAAUGGAGAGUGUUGCAAGAGGAGUGGAGCAUUUCAAAGCGAGCCGUUAUCUGGAAGCCAUGCAGCAGCUCAAUAGAGCCCUUGAGAUUGAUGCAGAGAAUGUGGAAGGCCUUGUUGCAAGGGGUGCCUUGUUUGCAAACCAGAACAACUUGUCCAAGGCCAUCAAGGACUUUGCUGAAGCUCUGAGGAUUAGACCCUCCCACAAGAACGCCAAUAGAUACAUGUGUCAGACCUUGUAUGAGAAAGGAAAACAAUGUGAGGAGAAUGGUGAGAAAGAGAAGGCAAGGGAUUGUUACCAGAGUGCCGUAGACCUUACCCCUGACUUCCAGGAUGCCUUGGUGUCCUUACAAAGACUUGAGAAACCUUCAAGACGGAGUGUUAGGGAAAAGAGUGAGGUAGUUUUGGUUGAAAGCUCAUCCGAAGAGUCCUCUCAGGAGCAGAUGUCUGCCAAACAGCUUCGGGAAAUGAUCAGCGACGAAAAAUCAUCCACCAAGAAGAAGAAAAAGAAAGACAAACCUUCCAAGGGUCACGAGGAUGGGAAAGGCGAUAGAAAAGUAAAGAAAGAGUUAAAAAUGGGGAAGAAGAAGAAAAAAAAGAAAUUAAGGAAGAGGAGCUCAUCCCUAGAGGUGAUCUCCAAGCAGAAGCAGAAAGAAUCCUCAAGCGAUUCUGAGAGUGAAUCGUCAGAACCUCCAAGUCCUGUACCCAAGCGCAAGGAUAACAAGAAAGGCUCCAAAGGUGACAAUCUGAAGGAACCACAGUCUCCAGAGGGAGGGAGACCGACAGGGAGAAAGCGAUCAAGGAACGGAAGCCUCUCGCCAAAGCGCAAGAGCCGAAGUAAAACUAGGAAAGCUGAUCUGAUCCGCAAGAAAUCCAAACAUGCUUCAGGGACAUCCUCAAGCGAGGAUGACAAGUUGAAUAAGGUAGAGCCCAAGAAGGAUAAGAGAAACCACAGUAGGUCUUUAGAGAGGAGUGACAGUUCAAAGACUAAACGGAAAAGUGAUAUGAAUAGAAGCAGGAAGGAAAGCGAGUCUUCUUCUUUUGUUUCCUCAUCAGAAGAGGAGCAAUAUAAGAAGACUAAGAAAGAGAGCAAAAAGGAAGGGAAAGACAGAAGAGUGAAAGAAGAGGAAGUGUCUCAUAAGAAAAGGAAGAUGAAGACCAAGAAAGAGAAAGUUAAAAGAACCAGAUCGUCAUCAUCAGUGUUUGAAGAAAGUGCAGAUUCACUCGCGUUUUCUCCCAUGAGGAAGAAAUCCAAGCCAGCCAAGAAGGUGAAGAAAAUGCAUAAAAAGGCAAAGAAGAGAUCAGAAAGCGUGUCUUCCCUAAGUGCAUCUGGCUCAGACUCUGAGAGAAAACCUUCCCCAACCAGGAAAGUCCCCAAGAAGAAAAAGAAGAACAAGAAGAAGAAACCAAAGAAAAAGGAACGAUCGACAUCGGUUUCAUCUCCAUCAGUUCUGAGUUCGGAAUCACCAGAACGUCCUAAGUCACCAGAGGAGCCUGCAAAGAAGAUGAAGCACAUGAAAAAGACGAAAGAAGAGGAUGAUUAUUCUGAUGGAUCCAGCUCUGACAGUUCAUCAUCUUCAAUGCAACAAAAGAUAAGCAAAGAAAAGAGAGAUGUGAAGACUAGAAUCACUGACAAAUCUCCAGCAAGGUCGGACAGACGAUCAAGGUCUGCUUCUCUGGUUAAAAAGGAGAGAGCCCCCAAGGUCAGUUCAGAUGAAGGAGAAGAAGUCAAGAUUGGGAAGAAACGCUCCAGAUCAAGUGAGUACAGCGUUCCGAAAGUCAAAGAUCAUCCUAAAAAGCAAUCAGCCAAAGAAGCAAUCCACUCUCCACCAAAUGAGAGACAAGGAAGAAAGACUUCUGAUAUACCAUCAGCUGAAUCUGAGGAGGAGCACACCAAGAAGAAAGAUGGACGUACCGGAAGAAAGCGAUUAGAAUCGCCAGAAGGAGAUGAAAGACCACAAUCGGUUAAGAAAGAGAAGACAAGAAACAAGGCAAAGGUUGACAGAAAAGGGGAAGAAGACAGAAGUUCAAGGAGAAGUAAAAGACACUCAAGAGCACAAUCUCCUGAUGAUCACAAGAAGGAAAGAAGUGCUUCCAGGGAGAGAAAUAAGCAAGAUGACAAAGACAGAAAGAAAUCCAAAAAAUCGCGUUCACCUGCGUCUUUGUCCCCUCACAGGAAAGAAACUUCUGAGGAUAGUAAACAAGGAAAGUUGGUGAAACAGUCAGAGUACAGUGGUGAAAGAAGUGUAUCAAAGGAGAAAAAUAAAGCUGAUGACAAAGAUAACAAGAAACAACAUAGAUCAUAUUCUUCUGCCUCAGAAUCCUCUCCCAACAGAGGCUUUGCUGAGGAUCGUAAACAAGAAAAGUCGGAUAAACAUUCAAAGACCAGAGAGGAAAGUCCUGAAAAGUUGUCAAAGUCGUCCAGGAGAUCAAGAUCCCUCUCUCCAAGAACUAAGAAGGAAGAGGAAAAGGAGCAGCGAACACCCAUUAGAGAAAGAAAACGGAAAAGAAGUGGCUCUUUUAUAGCUGAAUCAAGCUCAUUGGAGACAGCAAGACGUGAUAGAAAAUCAAGAGAUAGUGAAAAUGAUGAAGAGAAACUAAGGCAUAGAAAGGAAUCUGAAGGCGAAACUCGCAACAGACAUGACUCUUCACAGGAGAGCAGUCAUCGCUCAAAAUCAGCUGAUAAUGGGAAAGAUAAAAGAAAAGAGUCUCCUAAAGAGAGUAAGAAGAGUCAUAGCAAGCAUUCUCCAUCCCCUCCUGAAAGAAAGAAUUAUAGACGCAGAUCAAAGGAAGAAGCAAAGCAAAACAGAUAUUCAAGGAGUAGCAGAAGUACCUCAGCUGAUGUUGAUGAAAGAAAACAGAGAUCCAAAUCUGGAUCAUACGAUAGAGACAAAGACAAAGAACAUGAUAGAAGAUCGGAAGACAAGGACAGAGAUGGGAAUAGAAGAGAAUCUAAAGAGGGAAGCAGAAGAAAAAGUGGAUCUCUUGAUAGAGAGGGCCAUACUCAGGAACGUCGAUUAAGUGAUGGUGAUCGCCACCAAAACUCUGAAGAUUCCAGACAGAAAUCCAGUGAAAGGGAGCGCCCAAGGUCAAGAGAAGAAGAAAGGAAGAAAGAAAAGAGGGAUACUGAGAGAAGGACAUCUCAUGAAGCAAAAAAGGAUGACAGAGACAAAGGAAGAGAUAGGAGCAAGGAAGGUCAGUACUAUGAUCUUGAAAGACCUGGUCGUGGGAAAUCCAGAGAAAGGGAGAGGUCAAAGGAAAGAGAAAGAAGAGAUUCAGGAAAAACUGCUGACAGUUCCAGGGAAAGAAGGGAUAAAUCAAGGGAGAAUGAGAAGGCUGGGAGCAGGUCUGAAUCAAGUAGAGGGGACAAAAAAGUUCGCACAGACUCAUCCAAAGAGAAUGGGAAAGGAGGGACUAAAGGACAGGAGAGUCAGCAUCAUCAAAGUCUUAAAGUUGCACCCACAUUGAAUGUUGAAGAUAUUCCGAUGCCUCCAGAAAAUGCACCUGUUGCUGAGGCCAAGAAAGAACCAUCACCUAUUCUGUACGUCACAUCAAGUUCUUGCAAGGAUGACAUCAUCAAGGUUAAAAGCAAGUGGGACACUGACAGUGAAGAUGACGAGAGUGGUCCCUCAGGCCCAUCUCAGAACCGUAGAGGAGGGGGAGGAAGGGGUUCAACUGGCAGUCAGAGGUCUUACAUGCCAUCAUCUCAACACAGUGGCAGUAAUGGCAGUGGUAAUGUCGGUGGUGGACAGAACCAUGGAGGCUACCACAGAUGUGAAGGUGGGAACUGUCUUGACAUCACUUCUGCCUCAAGCAACAGUUUAGACACUCCUCAGAGCUGUCUGCAUUUGUCUGUAUUGGCAGAUCAAUCAUCAUACCAUGAGCCUUUGAGAUUGAGGGGAGGAUGUGUUGCCAGUCCACCACCCAAGUAUGAAUCAGACUACAGUGAUUCAGACGUGUCUUUCAGUUCUUCCGGCUCCGCGGACUAUGAAGAACCCAGGCGAGACAGUUCGCAUGAGGGUCAACUAAGGGUUGGAAGGAGGCAAAAAUCUUCAUCAAGUGAUAGAAGUUCUGGCGAAAGGAGUAAGAAACGGUUUAAGCAAUCAUCAAGAAGGGAAAGCCGGAGUUCCUCAAGGAGCUCGACAGCAAGCUCUUCGGGAAGCCAGAGCAGUAGGUCAUCGAGCAGAAGUGACAUUUCUUAUUCAUCAAGAAGCCACUCGCGUUCACCGUCUUCUUCAAGGUCCAGUAGCAGCUUGAGCCACAGGAGCUACAGCUCUAAUAGCAAAUCAUCAAGAUCAAGGGAUUCCUCAAAGGAACCUCAGUCACAGCAUGAUGAGGAGUCCAGUACAGAGAGAUCAGAUUCAGAAGGUGCAGGUGCAUACAAUCUUUUUGAUAGUUGGGAGACCUACAUGGACAGCAAGGGCCAUGAUCUCGGUAAGCAGGUGCCUUCUAGCAAUAGGAACCAGCGCACUGUUAAACUUGAAGCUGGUGGUAGUACAGUAGGAAAACAUAGCAGGAGACCAGAUCUUCCUUUUUUAGAGCAAAGCGACGAAGAAGAUCAAGAAAACUCUGGUAAAACUGAUGGUUAUUCUCUUGAUAAAAACAAUGAAGAUAAAGUAAAUAAAACUGCCCAAAUUGAUAGACUAGAUGGUGAUAAUGUUAGUAUUGACAAAGCUGAAUUUGACGAUUCUGGCCUGGGUGUGACCGGAAAUGAGAGCGAAUCGAAUAGGGAUGCUGCAGAAAAUCAGCAGAGUAGAAGCUUAGAGGAUGCUCACACUUUGUCUCAAAGCUCGAAAAGUCACACAUCGCUGGUUGUUGAAGAGGUCACAUAUGAGGAGCGCUCAAGGAAAAGAGAUGGAGAUAAAUCUGUAAAUAGACCAGAAAUGGAAAGUUCCAGGGCCAGGGAAUAUGGGGAUUCUAGUACAAGUAGAUACUCCCAAGAACGUGAAUAUGGACACAGAGCAGGACAUGGUUAUAGUGGUGGGAGUUACAGGGAUGAUCGGAGCUCUGCUGGGCGUUAUUCCUCACAAUAUGGCAAUCAACUCAAUGUAGGACAUAGUCACACUUACAUGUAUCACCACCACCACCACAAGGAUGGUCCAGGUCCAGGACAUCAAACAGGAGACCAACAGGUUCGUGAUCACAGACGUGAUAGGUACAAGGAUGAAAGACAUUACAGAAGUGACCGCAGCUAUGGAGAUGAUCGCAAUCACUCCAGGCAUACCUACCCUCAGCAAGAAGGGAGGCGAGACCAUCACCGACGCUCCGAAAGGGGUUUUGAAAGCCAUAGAUAUGGGAGAAGAGAGCACAGUUUUCGGAAGAGAAGGGAUGAUGACGAUUGGGGUCGGGGAGUGACUGAAGUACAAGAACGUGGAACAUUUUUGGGGUUGGUGACUAAAUCCAAAGAAGCAUUAGUUUCGCAGUUGUACAGCGUGUGCUCCACCACUCUGGAGCUCGUACGAAGUGAGCAUCGUCAGUGGUGGCUAUGAUAUCAAGUUUUGGGAUAGAAAGUAGUACAUUAUAACUUCUUCAGGUUCUUUUUUUUUUCCAAUUUGCAUUUUGCAAAUAUGCCUAAUAAAUUUUCUUUUUAUUUGUCAUUCAAUAUUCCAAUUCUCUGGCGGUAUCUUGACUUCUACAGUGUAUCAUAUGUUGGAAGGAUUUUUGCAGGCCUGGAUUAUUGUGAAAGUCUAUCUGCUUUUUCGGAUAGUUAUCUAUUUAACACAUGUCUGGAUUUUCCAUUUCCCAAGUAUUUGUAAUUCUAUUUUAUUUCCUAUGUUUCUUUUGAUUAUUUUUAAUUGUAUUAUUUCAUGCAAAGAUACUUUGUAAAGAGUUGGCUCAUAUUCUACAAUAUAUGACAAACAAUGGAAUGGAAUGUAUCAAUGUAGAAACACACCUUCUGUAACUCAUUAUUUUAUGUAUCAAAAUAGAUUUGUAAAUUCAUCAUGAAGGCCUGUCUACAAAUCACAUGUAUCUUUGUGCUACUAGGUGUUUGAAUUAAAUUUUGAAUUUGAAUAACUUCUUUCAUUAAAGAAAAAAAAUAUGUCUGCUGAGAGCCAGAAGGUUGCUAAUUCUAUAUCGUAGAAUAAAAGUUAACACACCUUUGCCUCUCAACAAAUAAUAUACCGGUACUCUUUAUUUUAUUGAUGCAUGUGGGUGAAAUUCAACAUUUUGAUAAGAAAAAAAAUAUCAAGAUUUAUAUCUUUGUUUGUUGUUGUUAAUGUUUUAGCAAUAUUUUCUUACAGCAAUUCAUCAUUCUACAAGAUUAGAUAAUUUUGUUAUUUUUGCUUCUUCUUGUCAUCUAAAAUUAUGCAUUCCCUUGUCCUUCAUCAUUAGCACCAAUACCCCUUGCCCAGAAUUAGGCAGCACCGGUGUUAGCAAAAAAAAA